AAGUACUUUGUCAGGCAAGCUGAGCAUAUCUAUGGAAACACUUUUGUAUCAUACAAUAUUCAUUCUUUGAUUCAUAUUGCUGAUGAUGCAAAGUUUUUCGAGACAUCAUUGAAUGAAAUAUCAGCUUUCAAAUUUGAAAACCUCUUGCACCAACUAAAGAAAUGUGUAAGAAACUCUAAAAAUCCUAUUGCGCAGAUUGCCAAACGUUCAUUUGAAUUCGAAUCAUCAGUUAAAACAAUUUUUUUUAAGUUAAGGUUUCCUUUUAUUUCUACUCGACAGAAAGAUAGCUGCUUUUUUACAAAGACGGGAAAAAUUGCAUUUAUUAAAGAAAAGAGGAAACAAACUUUAGUCUGUGACUUGUGCAGCAUGAAUGACACAGAAAGUUAUUUUGUGUCCCCUUGUGAUUCAAAGCUACUGAACAUAUGUUUACUAAAAAAUAACACUAAGUUCAAAAGACAGUUACUAGAGAAGAGAGAUUUAGAACGCAAAGUUGUCUGCCUACCUGUUGAAAGAGGAUUUGUGCUGCUGCCUAUGCUGCAUGCAAUUGAAAGAAAAUAGAACCAGUUAUCCUGUGUUACCCGUUUUCCUGCAUGGUUGUAAUUGCAUGUUCCUUUCAGAAAAUGGAACACAGCAAAGCAGAGUGGAGUUUAGCGGUAUGGCUUGAAGGUGAAGUAGAAGAAGAAGGUGUUAUUCCUUCAAAGUGGAUAAUUGGUGACCAUUCUGUAAAAUGGCCACAAGGUGUUAGCGCCAUUCGGGCAAUGAAAGAAAUGAGGUCUCCUGAGAAUAAAUGGGAAUCUUUCGACUUAAUUAAAGUAAAGUUUCAGUCUGACAACAGACAAGAAUGUGAGGAGUAUAAUCAAACAACCACGGCAGAGUUAAGUGAAGAGGAAGAGGAAGGAAAAGAGUUGGGUAAAAGAAAACCAAAGAAAAGAAUUAUGGAAGACUUCAUAUCAGAAAUAGAUGAAACGAGAACAAGAACUGAACAAACAGUGAUUCCAAAUUCCCCACUGCCUUGUUCAAGUGCCAAAUUGACACAAGAUAAAGAGAAAGAAAAGAGUUCAAACAAGGCUCAAGAGAAAAAGUUUCUAGUGAAUCAAGAGGAAAGGUUUGUAAUAGGCCAAGCAGGCAUAGUCGAAGCCCAUCUUAUAGUCCACUGCAUGGCUCAGUGUGAUUAUGGCGGUCCAGGUCACGAAAUACAAGUCCUUCCCGACAUGGCUCUGACAGAUCAUGGCGGUCAAGGUCCAGGAGCCGAAGUCAGUCAUUUCGUGAGCAUACAUGGAGGAUGUCCUCAAGACCUCGGCAAUACUCAAGAUCAAGGAGCAGAAGCCCCUCCUUCAGCCAAAGAUAUAUCAACCGUUCAAGGUCCAAAAGUCCAUUUCAGACAAGAAAUAGAAACUCCUCAUUUCCAAUAUCUACAUCUCGUUUUCAAAAGAGAGUUUUGUACUUGCUGA